GACGUCAGAUACGCGCAUGCGUGGACCGAUCGGGCGAUAAAGCAAGAUGGCGUCUGACCGAGAAGUCCUAAACGCGGGCAUUAUAUUUCUGUAUUCUUACAUAUAUGUUGUUUAAUAGAGUACACACGGUUAAUAAUUGUUUGUAGCCGGAUACAUUAGUCCGAGCGCACUUUGACACUUCUCCUGUUUGCUAGCUUCACUUAAGGUAGCUUGCAGCUAGUUUAGCUGGCUAGUUAGCUUAGCUUGUUAGCUGCUAACAAAGAGACGCGGAAGUUAUUUAAACAUCGCUAAGUAGGGAACUAAUGUGAGUGUAAAGUGUUGUGAUUGUGUGAAAAUGUGCGAAAGAACGACAGCAAAGUAUGAGGAGGAACUUCGUCCAACAAAAGAGGAGAAGGAGCGACAACAUCAACUACUGGAUGUUUAUUAUAAGAAACAUCAUCAAGUUGUGUUACACAGAACAGGCGUCUGUGAAGAACAACUUCAGCCUGAAAAACAGGAGUGUAGCUUCAGGAUGAUGAAGACGGAUCCUUCAAGGAGGAAGACCAGGCCCCACGGACCCUCUGGCGUCUCCUUUUCUUCUUUGACACAGACCCUUUCCUGUAAAAAGGAGGAGGAAGACUCAAUGACGCCCCAUGUUAAAGAGGAAGAGGAGGAACACAGCAUCAGUCAAGAGGGAUAUCAUCUUGAAGGACUGGUGGAGUUCCCAGUGACUGGUGUCCCUGUGAAGAGUGAAGAUGAUGAGGUCAAAGGUGAAAGUGAGGAGAGGGGAGGGGCGGAGCCUCCAAGCAGCAGCUCAACACAACACAUGAUAACAGAAGCUGUUGGAGACCACUGUGGAGGAUCACAAGCAGACAAGCUCUUAGCUCCACUAUCAGAUAGUGAGGACACAACGUCACACUCUCCUGACACUGAUGAUGAAGACUCUAAAGAUGAUAAGACAUGUCACACUGACAACACUCACUUCACAUGUUCUCUCUGUGACAAAAGCUUUAAAUACCAUUGUCAUCUGAAAACACACAUGAGAAGACACACUGGAGAAAAACCUUUUAUAUGUUCAAUAUGUGGUAUAGGUUUUGUAGAAAAUCGGUAUUUAAAAGUGCACAUGAGAACACACACUGGUGAAAAAACUUUUUCCUGUUCAAUCUGCGGUAAAUGUUUUGUUUUCAGUCACAAUUUGAAAUUGCACAUGAGAACACACACGAGUGAAAAACGUUUUUCCUGUUCAACCUGUGGUAAAGGUUUUACACAAAAUCAAUAUUUGAAAAGACACAUGAGAACACACACUGGAGAAAAACCUUUUACCUGCUCAACCUGCGGUAAAGGAUUUACACAAAGCCAUAAUUUGAAAGUACACAUGAGAACACACACUGGAGAAAAACUUUUUUCCUGUUCAACCUGUGGUAAAAGUUUUACACAAAGUCAUGAUUUGAAAGUACAUAUGAGAACACACACUGGUGAAAAACCUUUUUCCUGUUCAAUCUGUGGUAAAACUUUUACAGAAAGCCAGAGUUUGAAAAAACACAAGAGAAUACACACUGGUGAAAAACCUUUUUCCUGUUCAAUCUGCAACAGAAGCUUUUGUGACCAAUCAAACCUUGUAGCACACAUGAGAACACACCCAAGAGAGAAAGUGUUGAGUUGCACUGUGUGUGGUGAAAGAUUCUCUUUUAAGUACCAGUGUAAGAAACACAAGUGUGCUGGUGAGAACAGCAGCAGCAAAUGAAACUGCAGGAUUUGAAAUAAACUGUCAAGACUUUAAUUUUUACUUUCUAACAACAUCAGCACAUAUAACAUGUGUGACAUUGUUGUUUGUUUAACAAUCUUUUUAUUAUGCUCAUACAUUAAUAAAUUAUAUAGUUUGAAAUAUGAAAGUACUACAUAUUUGUUCUUCUAACUGUUAAUGAUCCCAUAGAUUAGCGCCUUUAUAUGAUAUACAUAUUUACUGGUUCACAUCUGAAACAUCUCUUGGACCACUUCAGGGAGCAUAUUAUCAUCAUCAUUUGAACAGUUGUCUUUUAUUCACUUUUACAAUGUUUGACUUUAUGAAUCAUUUGUUGGGUGUCUAUAAAGUACUAUCUAGCUAUCUAUAAUCUAUUUUAUUAAUUAUCUGUAUUAUGAUGAUUGUGUUGUGAUUGUUUUAUAUGUAUGUCCCCAGACCUUUAUGCAACAUAAAAGUGAGAAAAAAUGGCAGAUUUUUUUUAUGGAAAGAUGUUGUUGUUGUUUUUUUUACAAACUUACAUUUGUGGAUGUUUAAAAUAAAUCCAGUAUUGUGU